AUUCGUGCGCAGUGAUGGCCCGCGUUGGUAUUCGCGCACUAACGCGUGCGCAGUCCGUACUGAGUAAUUCGGCGCUGAAAAGAAGCCUAGUUUACCAGGGAUACAACUAAAGCACUGCUAGCUGGGCAGCUGCAGAAUUAACGAAACCAGCGUCUACUUGGUUCUUUGCUUUCGAGCAUCGUGACACAGCGCAGAGUUUGAAGAUGGCUGAUAAAGAGGUGUAUGACGAUGCAGUGGAGGAGCGGGUCAUCAAUGAAGAGUACAAGAUCUGGAAGAAAAACACACCUUUCCUGUAUGACCUAGUGAUGACUCAUGCACUAGAGUGGCCCAGCCUGACUGUCCAGUGGCUUCCAGAUGUCCGCAGGCCAGAGGGGAAGGACUAUGCUGUUCACAGGCUGGUUCUAGGGACCCAUACAUCAGAUGAGCAGAACCACCUCGUGAUUGCCAGUGUCCAGGUACCGAAUGAUGAUGCCCAGUUUGAUGCCUCACACUAUGACAGUGAGAAAGGAGCAGAGUUUGGUGGAUUCGGUUCAGUAAGCGGGAAAAUAGAGAUCGAGAUCAAGAUAAACCACGAGGGGGAGGUGAACCGAGCCCGUUACAUGCCCCAGAAUCCCUUCAUCAUUGCCACCAAGACUCCCACGUCUGACGUGCUGGUCUUUGACUACACUAAGCACCCGCCUAAGCCAGAUCCGAGUGGGGAGUGUAGUCCUGACCUGAGGCUCAAAGGUCACCAGAAAGAAGGAUAUGGUCUUUCCUGGAAUCCCAACCUCAGCGGGAACCUCCUCAGUGCCUCCGAUGACCAUACCAUCUGUUUAUGGGACAUUGGGAGCGGCCCAAAGGAAGGGAAGAUCGUGGAUGCCAAGACCAUCUUCACUGGCCACACAGCAGUGGUGGAGGAUGUUUCCUGGCAUUUGCUCCAUGAAUCCCUGUUUGGCUCUGUGGCCGACGACCAGAAACUCAUGAUAUGGGACACUCGUUCCAACAACACAUCCAAAGCCAGCCACUCGGUGGAUGCUCACACUGCUGAGGUCAAUUGUCUGAGCUUCAACCCCUACAGCGAGUUCAUUCUGGCCACUGGUUCUGCUGAUAAGACUGUUGCAUUGUGGGAUCUAAGAAACCUGAAACUCAAGCUCCACUCUUUUGAGUCCCAUAAAGAUGAAAUUUUCCAGGUACAAUGGUCUCCUCACAAUGAGACGAUCCUGGCCUCGAGCGGCACCGACCGACGUCUCAACGUCUGGGAUCUCAGUAAAAUUGGGGAGGAGCAGUCAGCAGAGGAUGCUGAGGAUGGCCCUCCAGAGUUGCUGUUCAUCCACGGAGGCCACACAGCCAAGAUCUCUGACUUCUCCUGGAACCCCAAUGAGCCCUGGAUCAUCUGCUCGGUGUCCGAGGACAACAUCAUGCAAGUCUGGCAGAUGGCGGAAAACAUCUACAAUGACGAAGAGCCAGAUAACACCCCCGCAUCAGAGCUGGAGGCGCAGGGAUCUUAACCCAGCUCUGCAUGAAACCCUGUCCAGGUUCAACCCCUCCUCCACCCCCUGAGCUUCAGACCUUCACCUCCCUUUCUGGCUUAACUCGAGUGCAAAAUGAAGAAUUUGCCUCUACAUGGAUGAACAGUGUGGAGGGUCAGAGACAGCAUGGACUCCACUCUUGCUAACAGACAGUUGGACUCAGUCUUAUCUUGCUCAGACAUCCCUGUGGCCCAGGUACCAACAGCACGUACGCACUCAUUACAAGAUUUGAGAUGUGCUCAGGUCGUUUCUCCAGUGUUUGGAGAAUUUCAAAGGAGCAGAAAAACUUAAAAGUAGACAAAGCUACUAAGACCACUUCAUCUGUUCAUUUCAAAGGGAUCAUGUGAGGAAAAUUAAGUGGUAUUUUACCAUUUGACUCGAGUCACCAGGAAACCACUGAGAAGGACAACAGAAGACACCUGACCUCCAUCCCUCUGAACUGUGACAGUGAAUCUACCCAUGCUGGUCAUGUCCAUAAGCUUUCUUUCGUUUUUGUUCCGAUUGCACAUUUAGCGACAUAUCACUGCUGUCCUCUGAAGAAACAUUCCCUGUUGUAUUUUCCUCCUGUUCAUUAAGUCUUCAGUAUUCGGCUGGAGUGAAAGUGUGGGACUAAAUUAAUGCACUUGAAGGGAACACCUCUUUUCCUCUUCCUGUUACGUAAUGCAAAAUUACAAUAAAACUUUUGUAACUUUUCAAAAAUACAUUUAUAUAAAAUUGAGGAAUGCUGCACAUGCAAUCGACACCUCCUGUCCACUUCACUCACACCAGACCCAGUAAUAAAUCCAUAGUGAAUAGAAACUGCAAAUUCUACAAAAUAUUUAUUGAAAAGAAAGACAGGUACAAUCAGGGGGUGUGGGCUUCUUUUAGUAAAAAUAAAGCUCUCUGAAGCGA